AUGCCGAACUGCCCUAGCCAAUGGGGACCAGUGAGCUUAUCUCUACCUACGGGAGACGCAUACUGGGAGUACGAAGUGCGGGCUACUAUGCUAGUGCUACUUGGUGCUACCGUUGAUCCAGGGAUAUCGAUUGCUGCUGUGGUUCCGUGGAGUUGUUGGUUCAUCCAAGAUGUUACUCAGAAGUCAGCUGGUGACAUAGUAUGGUAUCUCCACGGAGUACGGAGUAACCUUCCUGCUAUGAAGGAACAACGCAGACACUAUCCGACAAGGAUGAUGAGACGGAGAAAAUCAGGAGGCCUGAUAAGCCAUCCCGGCCCACUGCUGAUUGGACGGCCGAAGUCUGAAGAUAAGCACUGCGAGACCGGCUGGGCUGAAGGAAUUCACGACGCGACCAUGAAUUCCCAUGGAUUGAAUCAUAGGAACCAUAGUAUAGUGACUGAGUACGACGUAGAGGGGAUUCUCAGCUUCUUGCCUGUCACUGAUGCAGCAUGGCGCGCGGGAAAGAAAAAGUCCAAGCAGACAUUACAGGAUGAUGGCUGGAUCCCGCUGCAGGUCAAGUGGAAUAUCCCAACGGGAGGCCGCGCAUUGGCCCGCCCAUCCAUCCAUUCAUCCCUCCGGAGUCUCCACGCUCUUAUCCGCCGCCAUGGCUUUUUCGUUGCUUGCUGA